GAGGAGGUGGGUCUAUGGCUUCUCCUUCUGGCUUCGGAAAUGGUCUCUGAGAGAAAACUGGGGUGCUGGGAGAUUCCAUCUGAGUUCUCUCAGAUGGAUCCUGGCUCUCUACUCAGGCGUCAUAGGAAGACAGAAAGUUCCUCAGGGCCGGACGGCAUGGCUGCGAAAGGACCCUGGGGGAGGCCUGGCCCUAGCACCAUGGGGGUGGUGGUGGAAUCUGUUAAGCAGUUUUCAGAGUAUCUCAGGAAUGGACUCCCAUAAGCUCAGGUGGGAACCGCUGCCUUGGGCUCCAUUUGCUUUUCCCUGGUCCUCUCCUUUAGCCCAAAGGCUGAGCCGAAACUGGAAAAGAAGUCGGAGUGCCAGCCAAGGAGCCACGGGGACAGCGGGCCACAGAAAGAACUGAUGAUCCCAGGGAUUGUGGAUUUCGAGCUGAUCCGAGAGGCAGUGAGGACGUCCAAGCCCCAAACCCCCAGUGCCUACCGCUUCGGUCGCCUCAGCCACCACUCCUUCUUCUCCAGGCACCACCCCCAGCCCCAGCACGUGACCCACAUCCAAGAUCUCACGGGGAAGCCUGUCUGUGUCGUCAGGGACGAGCUCUCUUUGGCCACCUCCCCUCAAGCCACACUCUUACCUGGCUACCUGAUCAGGAUGCCCACCAUCUCAGUGCCUGUUGGAGACCCGCAGUCCAAUCGGGACCCCCGACUUUAUUCUGAGGCCUGGAAGAAGGAGUUGAAGGACCUGGCUUCCCGGGUGGCCAUCUUCACCAAGGAGAGUGAGCUGAAGAGCAAGGAGCAGAAGGAGGAGCCUCAGCGGGAACAGGGGGCAAAGUACUCAGCAGAGACUGGCAGGCUCAUCCCUGCUUCUACCCGGGCCACGGCCCGCCGCCACUCCCACCAGGGCCGAAACCAGCCUGCAAGCAGAGAUGGAGGAGACCAGACCUUCCUCCUACAGGAUCAGGAGCUGCUGAUCCUGGAACUGCUUUCGCAAAUUCUGCAGACAGACUCCUUGAAUUCUAUCCAGUUCUGGCUACUCUACGCGCCCGCCAAGGAGAAAGACAUGGCACUAGGGCUCCUGCAGACCGCGGUGGCUCAGCUCCUUCCCCAACCCCCAGUGUCCAUCCCAGAAGAAAAACUCCUGAACCAGCUCCUGGAAGUUCAAGACUCACUUCAAGAGAGGCCUCAGCUACCCUACAGCCAAUCGCCGAAGAAGAUGAAGACACCACCUCUAUCAAAAAUCGAACAACCAGAGAACAUUGGAAAAGCUCAAGUUCUUCGCGUGCACUCCAGCCAGAACCCAGAAGAGAAGGCAGCAAAGGCAGAGAGCUGAGGAGUUUGCGCCUCCCUCAAGAAAAGCCCCUGAGGUCGAAGACUCCGUCCCUAAGUCCUCAACAGCAGUACUGGUUUUCCUAUCACAUGGAGCCCAUUAAACUACUGUCUUCCCCUUAAGAGGACAGUUCCACUCUCCCAUCA